AUGUUGGCCUUUUGGGUUACGCUCCUCUCCAUCCUCCCUGCCAUACUUUCGGCACCUGUAGCAGGUAACGCUACCAAGGCCCCCACUACCUAUGGGUGUAAGAAUCCUGUGGUUCGCAGGGAAUGGCGUACUCUCAGCCAAGGUCAGAAGGACCAGUUUCACAAGGCUGUCAAGUGCCUUCAAGACCAGCCUUCUGUCUUCGAUUUCGAGGGAAGCAAGAACAUAUUUGAUGACUUUUCUUAUGUUCAUUAUACUAUCAACAGGACUAUCCAUCAUGUGGCAUCAUUCUUCCCUUGGCAUCGCUAUUUUCUUAUUCUGCGCGAGAAAGCGAUGGCGGAAUGUGGUUAUGAAGACCCAAUGCCAUACUGGGACUGGACACGGGACGCUACACCCGAAAAGUUCAGGAACUCUGAACUUUUUGAUAGUAAGAAAGGCUUUGGAGGAGACGGAACGGGUAAAACCGACUGGGCCGAUGGCUUGUGUGUAGAGGAAGGCCCAUACGCUGGGUUUCAUGUCAACUUUCCGGAGCCUCAUUGCUUGACACGGCGGUAUAAUAUCAGCGAGCCGGUCGUUUCCAACUGGACCAAGUCGACGGUCGAUAAAAUUAUGCGGUACGACAACUAUCUUGAAUUUUGGAACAACACCGAGCUCCAUCCUCACGACAACUUCCAUCGCGCUGUUGGUGGCGAUUUGAGGCGCCAGUACUCUCCCAACGAGCCUCUGUUCUUCCUCCACCACGCUCAGAUCGACCGACUCUGGACAAUCUGGCAAGGUCGGAACGAGACUCGCCUCCAUGAUUACGCAGGGAACACGGUCCAGAAUGCAACUGUUAAUACUGCUAGUCUUAACGACCAAAUGCUCACUUUAGGAUUCGCCCCGGCGGUUGGGGUUGGUAGCUUGAUGGACACCCUAUCGAACGAGUUGUGUUAUACUUAUGACGACUUUGCCGACGGUUGGAAGUAUGAUGAUGACGAUGAUGACAACUGA